AUGUCUUUGAAGUAUUUAUCUCAAAAAAUUGCUCAAACAAUUGAUCAAGAAUUAAUGUCACCAGCUGGUGGUGGCUUUUCAAUUGAUCAGUUGAUGGAACUUGCAGGAUUAAGUAUUGCUCAAGCGGUUGCUCAUGUUUAUGAUAAAUCAAACCAUUCACGUAUUUUGGUUUGUUGUGGUCCAGGAAAUAAUGGCGGAGAUGGUUUAGUUGCAGCAAGGCAUCUUUCACAUUUUGGUUAUCAACCCAAGAUUUAUUAUCCAAAACAAACUAAUAAAGAAUUAUAUCAGAGAUUAGUUCAACAAUGUAAAAAUCUUCAAAUUGCAAUUUCAAAUAAUUUACACGAUCAUUUAGAAAAGAGUGAUCUUGUGAUAGAUGCUAUAUUUGGUAAAUGUGGAAGAAAACUAUGGACACAAGAAACUGAUGAACUUGCUGAACAACCGGAAGAAACUGAAUCUUUUAAUCCAUUGACCCGCUAUUUUAAAAGAUUAUUUAAGCAUAUAGAACAACUUAAAGACUUACCAGCUUAUUUGACUACAUAUGUACAAAGAUUUGUUACUGGUGACUAUUCUGUAGAACCUAUUUCUAAAGACGAUAAAGGAAAACCUAUUCUUUACAGGGACACAUUUGGUUUUCGUAAAUUGCUUAUUUUCCUAACAAAAAAUAAAUUAGUAGCUUUAGACACUGGAAAUAAGGGCCAGAUUGUUUGGUCGCGUUAUUUUGGCAAGGAAAUACGCUCAUUUGAAAAAUUAAUAGUUGUUCGUUCAUCAACAGUUAAAUAUCCACCAGUUAUUGUUGCCAUUGGACACCAGAUUAAAGAGGAAAGUUACCACAUUAAAUUUAUCAGACUAAAUGCUCUUACUGGGGAAGAUUUUAUAUCUAACGAACAUGUAGAAAAUUAUCCUCCUAUUUACUCAAUAUCAGGCAUUUCUCGUCGUAUAUUUAAACUACCAGUUGAAGAACCUGAUGAGAGGAUGCAUAUUAUUGCAGUAAUUGAUGAUGAUUCAAAACUUCAUUUAUAUCCAAAUCAUAAAAACUCUAGGAAAGCAUUUAAAAAUUUCACUCCUUCAUUUUAUUUUACAUUAUCUGAGAAUACUAUUCACUCAGAAGGAUUAAAAGGUUACAGUGUUAAUGCCAACAUUAGUGAUGAGCUUCAACAUUUUGACAUAUCCGAAGUUUGGAAUAUCCAUUUUCCAGAUGAUGAAAAGAUUUCUGCAAUUGGUCAUAGACCUCAAUAUGAAAAAGUUGCAUCACUUGGCCGUGUUCUUGGUGAUCGAUCAGUUCUAUACAAAUAUCUAAAUCCACAUUUGGUUGCAGUCGCCACAUUAUCAUCAUCAGAAUCCUCAACUGCAACAUUAAAUAUAUAUUUGAUAGAUAUAGUUAAGGGAUCGAUAUUGUAUCAAUAUAAACAUGAAAAUGUUGGGAAAAUACAUCCAAUAAAUAUUGUUCAAGUAGAAAAUACUGUUUUAUAUGUAUUUUGGAGUGAAAAUGAAUCAACAAAAGGUUAUCAAGUAGUUGUUUAUGAUUUUUAUGAAAGUGAAAAAAAAGAUGAAAGAAUAAAUAGUCCUGUUUUUUCAUCAUUUUCGCAUGAACGUCCUUAUGUAAAUGCACAAGCAUUUAUGUUGCCAUAUGGUGUUAAAACUAUCGGUGUUACUACUACGAAGAAUGGAAUAGCGAUAAGAGAAUUUCUAUUUGCAUUGGAUACUGAUCAAAUACUUGGUUUAUCUAAGAGAAUAUUGGAUCCUAGAAGACCUCUGCAUGCUUUAACUAGUGAGGAUAAAGAAGAAAUGCUUAUCCCAUAUGACCCUGCAAUCCCAGAUAAUAAAAAAUUUAUACUAAGCUAUUAUUUAAGUGUUGCUGGUGUUAAACGGAUUAUAACAUCACCAGCUUUACUAGAGUCGACAUCACUUGUGCUUGCGUAUGGUUUGGAUUUGUGGUUCACAAGAGAAGCACCAUCAAAAACAUUUGAUGUACUAAGUGAAGAUUUCAGUAAAGGAACAUUGUUAAUAACAAUUCUUGGAUUGAUUAUAGGCAUCCUUAUCACCAAACCAAUGGUUAAAAGAAAAGGGAUUAAUGCCAGAUGGUACUAG